AUGCCAGAUUUGAAAUCAGUCACCCGAGAUGAUCUAUUCAACUACACUUCCGGCCGAUGGCUAAUCAACGAGGUAGCCCAAUUCCAACAACGUUUCGUCAAGUUCAAUUUCGAGAACCUCUGUCAUCAAGCUUCCUCGCUCUUCAGCGAUGCUACAAAAUGCAUGCGCAUUGUCAAGCUGGAAGGAAACUUCAACAAAGCGUUCCUGCUCACGAUGGACGACGGCAACGAGGUUAUCGUCAAGAUCCCCUGCCCAAAUGCGGGGCCGCCAUCCCUGACGAUGGAGUCUAGGUGGCGACGAUGA